CGAUCAGGCCAGUGAUAUACAAAAAAAGACAGGAAUUCAAAAUUCGGCGGGCGGUCGGCAGUGAAGGGGCACCUUCUUUAACGGUUAUACUCUUAAAAAGUGUUAUUUGGAGAUUUCCGAAAAGUCAAAAAUUACAAUUUUAAACCUAUAAAAUUCAAAAGUGAAAUCUUUUUCUGAAGUCUGGCCGAGCCUGGUAAAGCGAUCGAAGUUCGGAUACUCGGGGCAGGGGAAUCAGCUGUUGGUCGGGCCGUGACAGCAUUGCAGCCGUGAAGUAGUCGGAAGUCUUUUCCUAGGGUUCGGGCCCGAGUCGAGUUUAUUUAACAAACCGUUCGAAUUAAAAUAUUAAAAUGGAUAAGAGAAAACAGUCUUCCGCAAAGGAGGAAAACGGCGAGAACGCGUGCGUGAUUUGUUUCAAAAAAGUGGACAUUUACUCGUUGGGACAAUGCGAUCACCCGGUUUGCUUCGAGUGUUCCACCAGAAUGAGAGUCCUUUGUCGACAAAACGAGUGUCCGAUAUGCAGGCAGGACCUUCCAAAGGUUGUGUUUACUUGUACAAUUAAGCCAUUUGAACAAAUACAGCAAAAUAAUUGCCAGUUUGAUGAUAAGUACAAAAUAACGUUUCAAUCUAAAGAAAUCAAAACUGCAUUUGAAGAUCUUCUCAAACAUGAAUGCCCCGAAUGUGGAAAAAUUUGGGCUAACUUCAAUGAACUACGAGACCACGUUAGAAGAGUUCAUCAACUUACAUACUGCGACCUAUGUGUAGAUAAUCUUAAGAUUCUCACAAGUGAAAGAAGGUGUUACACUAGAAAGGAGUUGGCUGAACAUAGAAGGCAUGGUGAUCCAAAUGAUAGAUCUCACAGGGGCCAUCCUCUUUGUAAGUUUUGUGAAACACGUUACAUGGACAAUGAUGAACUAUACCGUCAUGUCAGAAGAGACCACCUUUACUGUCAUUUCUGUGAUGCAGAUGGAAUACAUCAAUAUUACAAAACUUACGAUUCAUUGAGGGAACACUUUAGAGCAGAACAUUUCCUGUGUGAAGAGGGCGAAUGCUAUUUAGAGAAAUUUACUUCAGUGUUUAGGACGGAAAUUGAUCUGAAAGCUCAUAAAGCUAAUGAACAUGGUAAGGCAUUGGGAAAAGCUGGAAUUAAACAAGCUAGAAAAAUUGACAUUGAAUUUUCUCUUUCAUCAAGACCAAGAGCUUAUGUCAGGCGAACAAACUAUAGAGGGGAAGGAGGACACUCUUCUACACAUCAAGAAGAAGAAGAAGUGGAAAUUCAGCCAACACCGACUCCACAAAGACAACCCAAUACAAAUUGUCAGCAAGAAUUUCCAACGUUAGGAGGUUCACCUGCAGCUCCGCCUCUAUCUCACAAGGUAACAGCCACAGUACGGUCUCUGAGGCCUACAGGAUAUGAGGAAUUUCCAGCACUUCCUUCCUCUGCCACAUCUGAACCGACUGUCAGUUUGAGAGUUGAUUCAACUGAUCGCCCGACCCCUUCUUCCACAAACUUUUCUAUUCAGGUCAACCAUCCUAGGUUCACGACAACACUCACAGCAUCAAAAGCAAACACCAAUGAGCACACAUAUAAUUAUCAUUUCCCCGCCCUGGAUUUGGGAAGUGGCUCUCCCGGGCCUUCUUCAGCACCACAAACGGGUCAAACGAAAUCACAAGAAUCAACAUGGACAACAACUAAUAAAAAAGAAGGAAAGAAAAAAGAUGUAUCCAAAUCUCAUGUAGUGUCGUUACCUCACAAUGCUUACAAUGCCAAGCCCGCUAAUAAAAACCCACCUAAUCUUGAUGAUUUCCCUGCACUUGCACCUAAAAAGAAACAACCUGAAAAGACGUUAACAAAAAGUAUUGCCUCAAAUACAGCUCCAUCUAGUGACAGUGAUCACCCUCAGCCCUCAAAAAGCAAAAAGAAAAAAUCAAAGUCCAAAACACAAGGGAGUACAAAUGUAGCUGGAACUAAUGUUAAAAAAAAACAGGCUGCUUGUGUUCUAGAGAAAAACACACCUGGAGAGCCUGAAACUCUUACAAAAACUAGCAAUAAAGAAAAUGAGUGUGAACCAAAAGAAAAUAUUGAAGAAAUGGAAAAAUCAGACCAGCAGAAACAUGCAAAACCUAAAUCCAAUGCCGAGAUGGCUAAAAAAUCUGGGAAAGAGAAAUUAGACGAAGCUUUUCCUGCUCUCGCUGGUACAGAAACUUCAAAAGCCCCUCCUGGGUUUGAAGUUAAUUGGGCACCAAAGAGACCUCCUCCAGGUUUAGCACCACCUUCUCAACAAGUAGUGGCACCGCCUCCAGGGUUUACCGCUAUGAAUGGUGCUUCUUUUCCACCGUUGGGGGGUGAUAAUCUUGGGCUUGGUGAAUACAUACCACCUCUAAACUUUGAAAAAAGAAAUAACGCACUUGUUGACAAAGUUGCUAAUGCCCUAGGCUCAGAUUCAUGGGUGCAAUUUAAAGAUAUUUCAAUGGCAUACAGGAGUGGCAUUGUAUCGCCUGAUGAUUACUAUAAGCACUGUCGCCUGUCCAUGACAGAGAAAAUAUUUGCUCAGCUUUUUCCAGAAUUGCUUGCACUUCUACCAGAUAUAAACAAACAAGAGCAAUUGUGGACUUUAUACUCCAUGGAUAAUGAAGCAGAUAAGUCUAAGUUGAAAAAGUGUGCAGUUUGUAGACAAGUUGUCAGGAGUGGCGAUUUCAGUGAACAUUAUUCCAGGCACUCGCUUGAUAACCACUUUCCACCAUUUAUGCUGCAGAAACAAACAAAGCAAAACAGGCCGAAUGCUUGGGCUAAAUAGCAUUAUAAACAUUGGAUGCUAAACUGUUGAUAUUGUGUAUAAAUAAUUAAAUAGACACUUAGAUAAGUAAAACUUUUUUUUACAUUUUAAAUCAAUCAUUUUUUAUCAAAGAAACCUGACAUUGUUUGCAUUUUAGUUUAUUUUCAAAAGAACAGCUUUUGUAAAAUAUAACUAUCAAUUGUUGGUUUUGGUUUGAACACAAUAUAAUGUUUCUUUACUCAUUCUCCCAGUAAAGCCCAUUUGGAAAGAUUUUUUUUUUUUUAAGUUUUCACAAAGUCAAAUGUAAACUAAAACUUACAUUUUGAAAAAUAAAAAUAAAAAUUAACUUUUUUAAAUUCAUAUCAAAAGCUCAAUAUUGUUAAAUUGUAAAUAUUCUAAGCAUGUAACUAUGUAUGUAUGUAUGUAAUUAAAACUUGUAUAUUUUUGCGAUAUUGCCGAAAAAGUUAAACCUCUCUAUUUUAAUACUGUUAAAAAAAGUUUUAAAAACUUGCUCUGUUUAUUAAUAUCAGUCAUUAUAUUUGUUAAAAUUGAAAGAGAAAAAAAA